GUGCUCCCGGACCUUGCAUUUCCUCCAGGGCGCGUUUCCGCUCUUUGCAGCUCUCGCUCUCCGUAAUAAUCCGUCCUUCCUUUGACAAAUCCGGUUAGAUUGUGCUUAGUGUUUUAGCACUCCCCUCCCUCCUUAUCACGUCAGGCAUUGGUAAGAAAAAAAACCAAGGACUCUUCCAGCCUUGUUACAGCGGUCACAGAGUAACUCGGAGCACCACCCACUUUAAGUGGGUUUGAAGGAUCAAGGCCAGAUGGGGUGUAGCAGAAUGUUAACUGUUUUCCAGUGACACCGCGCUGUCAGACUGCUGAGCCCGUCUUCGAGUAUGUUGACAGUCAUUCUGGAAUAGACAAUGUGCUAACCUCCACGGGAUCGUUCAGGGGUUUGGUUCAGGUCAUCCGCAAACAAGAUUCCAAGACUUGGCGCUCACAUCUGUAGGGCAGUUCCAAAGAAGCCACAGCACAGUCUAAAAGGCAGGCGGAAAAACAAGGAAGCAGAUAUUUAUUCUGACUGGGUACGGGACGCUGAACGGAGCCAUUUCUCGCUGCGGAGGUCGAUGGGCUGUGAAAAAACAAGUGUGCCAGAAGAAACACUAACUCCAAACGAAAAGUGCACAGACUGGAUGGUGUAGCAUUUUGGGAAUUCACUGACCUACCAGCCAAGUUGAAGGGAGUAGGAGGGUGUACUGAAGGAUACAGGACUAUGGUGGAGCCAUUGAUGAUGAUGUGUUGGUCCAUGUUGAGCAUUCUGCUUCCAAUUCUAGUUUUUGCAGCACCUCCUCCCAUCAAUAAACUGGCACUGUUUCCUGAUAAAAGUGCCUGGUGUGAAGCAAAGAACAUCACUCAGAUAGUUGGCCACACUGGAUGUGAAUCAAAGUCCAUCCAAAACAGAGCAUGUCUUGGCCAAUGUUUCAGCUACAGUGUACCCAACACUUUUCCACAGUCAACUGAAUCCCUGGUUCACUGUGACUCCUGCAUGCCGGCACAGUCCAUGUGGGAAAUUGUCAUGUUGGAAUGUCCUGGCAAUGAGGAAAUGCCCAGAGUGGACAAACUAGUGGAAAAGAUUGUACACUGCAGCUGCCAGGCAUGUGGAAAGGAACACCACCAAGAUUCCCAGAUUUUUAAUGCAAUUCUAAAUGAGGAAGAAGCCUCUCCCAUGGAUACUGUUGGAUCCCCUCGGAUUGUUCACCAUGAUGAGCAAGUUGCUCUCAGAAGUGGCACUGAGGAAGAGUAGAGAAAUAGACUUUGGCACAAGAAGGGAAAAAAUGAAGUUUGUGGUAUAAAAUUUUUGUUUGUUUUAUUUGUUGAGCUUCAGAGAAAAAAAAUCAAAAUAUAACAUUUUCUAAAAAAAAUCCAUGCAGACUUAUUUAAGGGGAAAGUCUUUAAAGUAUGCCAUUUGUUAUAGAAAUUAAGCAGGAAUCUCAAUCAAAUACUAAUAUAUAGCUCACCAAGAUCCAGCAAAGUAUAAUUAGAAUUUGGUGAUCUGUGUUGGAUUCACAAUGUCUGUAAUUAACAAGUCUGUCUUUUGUACCGCAGAAAUCCCUGUGUGUAGCCAUUUCAAACUUAUAACUGUUUGUAUAUAAAAUUACAGUUUAUAAAUCUCAAACUUUUUUCAAAA